AUGCACAAAAAGCCAUGGUCAAAUCAAGCUGGAAUGAUUAAAGUGAGGUAUAGCUGCGAACUCGAGCACUAUGCUGCCAGAGAUUCACGAUGGUGCAUCCCUUACGAACUCAAAACUUCUGCUUGUGUAGAGGUUUUAAGGACUAAAAUUCCUAUGGCUCAAGUACACACAUCGUUAUCUGCAAUCAAACAGAUGCUGAAUGGAUGGAAAACGGCUGUAGGUUGUGCAGUAAACGGAUGCGACAAGCAUGGAGGUUACUGGAAUGUUGUUUGUCGAUAUGCUACAAUUUGCACACCAAAGAGUCGCAAGCUGUACAAUUGCUUCAAUGGAAAAAGAUGCGAGAAACAUAAACGCCCUCGGAAGACAAAGUUAUUGCCCGAAGCCAAUAAGUUCAUGGUCAAUUUCACAAGUGGAUAUGUGUAUCUACUAGACUAA